UAAGGAGCCAUCUUUGAUGUUUACGUUUCUGACGAAGCACAUGUACAGUCCUGAUUUGCGUAAUCGACAGACGUUGGGAACAGUUCCAACUUAUUUUUCAGACAGCAGGACUUACGCUGGGGAUAGUGAGAUAACAAGUGACAGCCAUGCCUUCAAUCGAGGAAAUCCCGUCCCUACCCCUCACAAAUGACUCCCAAGUCCAAGUGAUGACAGAAGCUGAGGAGACCUGCAACAAGAUGGAUAUAAAGAUGGUGGAUGAAAUUGUUGAUGUAAAGAAAGUAAAGAGUGAGUCAGGUGUGACGGCGGUGACUGGGGGUGGAGACACAGAGGACAAGGAGAACUCCUCACAGAACACAGUGGUGGAGGAGACAAAAAUACCAAAUAUCCUGACAAAGAAGUUCCUGCGGCAGCACUGCAAGGACAACAAGCUGUACUUGACCCCUGAACUCAACGAUGUCCUGUACCUGCACUAUAAAGGUAUACUAAGGCUAGAGAACCUGGAGGCCUACACAGGGCUGAAGUGUCUGUGGCUGGAGUGUAAUGGCAUCCGGAAGAUCGAGAACCUGGAGCACCAGACCCAGCUGCGAUGUCUGUACCUGCAGCAGAACCUGCUGACCCACAUCGAGAACCUGGAGCCGCUGCAGCUGCUGGACUCCCUCAACGUCAGCAACAACAGCAUCAGGCGCAUUGAGAACAUAGCCUGUCUGCCGGUCCUGCACACACUCAACAUCAGUCACAACCGCCUGAAGACAGCCCACGACGUACAGGAACUCAUUCACUGCAAGAACCUUGGUGUCCUUGACCUUUCUCACAACAAGCUGGAGGAUCCGGCCAUCAUCGACAUCUUCGAGCAGAUGGAGGAUCUGCGUGUGUUGACACUGAUGGGGAACCCGGUCAUCAAGGACAUCAGGAACUACAGAAAGACGACCAUUGUCCGGGUGAAAAACCUCCAGCAUCUCGACGACCGUCCUGUUUUCCCAAAGGAAAGAGCCUGUGCUGAAGCCUGGGCUGUGGGUGGAGCUGAAGCUGAGAAAGAGGAGAGACAGCGAUGGGCGGAUAAGGAGCGCCGGAAGAUUCAGGACAGUGUGGAUGCACUCCUCAGAAUCCGACAACACAGCGAGGCUCACCGAAUUGAGGCCGAGCUGAAUGAGAAGAACGCUGCGGAGGGAAUCACAGAGAAGGUGGAGGUAGAUCCCACCACUGUCGACUGGCUGUAUGGGACUCAUCAGCUGAAAGGGGACACACCAGAGGAGGGGGAACACAAGGAAGAGGUGAUCGAGGACCUGACCUCGGAGGACAUGCCGGUAGUUGGAGCGCGGAAACAGCAAGUGGAGCAGGGCAUCUUCUCCACAGACAAAUUUCAAGAGGAUGCAAGCACCCGACUUUUCAUCACAGAAAUGAAUGAUGCAGAUAAUCAAGCUGAAGCAACUGAUGAUCUCCCCGACCUUGAGGAUGUGGAUGUGACCGACCUUGUACCCGACGAUGUAGAAAAGUCAUACAAGCCAAAGAUUGAGAUUCUCAAUGACGAUGAUGAAUGUGCAAACUUGGAAGAAGUGAGAGCAGGGUUACCUCCCCUUGUGACAGAACUUCCCAAGUCGAAUCCAAAGAAAGUGUUGAUAGAGGAGAUUCCAGACACACGCGAGGAGAUAACUCGUGACCAUGCUGUUGAAUCUGAUGCCGUCUCCCUUGACCAGGUGAUCCCAAACUUUGGGGUGUCUGAGCACCAGGAAACACAACUGACGGCCGACUUACUGGCGGGGGUGGGAAAGAUGUUUAGCUCACCUGGUGAUGUCCUGCUGGGAGGCGAUGGCGACACUCAGACAGAGGAAACAGACACGACCGAUCCUCGCAUUGUAUCAGGGAGCAUAUUUGAAGAGCUAGACUGAAGAGAACUGUGAUCGAGACGAUAGCUUCCCCCUCACCCCCCACUGUUACCUCUCCCCUAGCCAACAUUGCCCGACUCACCUACUGGCCAUCUCAUCCAUUAACACCUGUAGGGGGAAUUCAUUGACAAAAUUGUGUCUAAGCAUCUCCACAAAACUACAAACCUCUAACUGCCAUGUCCUUGUGACAGUCCUACUUGUUACAUGGCACAAAGGGUAAAUUACUGUCCUCUUUGGCUUCCGGCCUGGUCGCACCCAGGUGGCACGACAGCUGCCAGCAUUGCACAGGUGCUAAUAACGUGGAUUACACAACUACUGAAGCCAGCAUUGACUAACUGCUGAAGGGAGAAGCGGACCAGGGGCUGGGUUGUUGCUGGAUCGUCUUCUCAACAACUGAGGAUUGUUCAUACCAGUCUCCACUGUGGGGUUGUUUCCGUCCAAUAAACAAGGAUCUCUUUGGGGGCAGUUCAGAAGUUCAGUGUUGGACAAACAAUGCAGGAUUCAUUAAGUUUUGAGAUCAAUCUCCCAAUAUUCAAAGAGCUUCUUUUGUCAAAUGAAUCCUGAUACACCUCUGGUGCAGCAGAGCUUCUGAAUGUGUCUUUAUAUCCCUAUGAUUGAGAUGCUGUUUUCAACAGGAACUGAAACUAAUGUCCAACAAAACCUUUUGAACUGCUCCUUACAAAAGAUCCCAUUACCAUGGUAACAUAAUUGUUGUCAUGCUUGGUGCAUUACAAUAUACUUUUACAGCAUUAACAUUGUGACAUACAAGUUUGGAAGAAUUUCAUCAUUCAAUUUCACCAGCUUUCAUCAAUUAUUACAAUUCCAAACUUUGUGUUUGUUAAUACAUUUACACUGAAGUUAUGUAUAUAUAUGAAUGAUUAAAAGGUUAAUGAAA